GCGUGGGGGGAAGCCCCGGCUCAGCCCUACUCCGGAUUCUCUGCUGCUGGGUCGCUCUCUUCCCCGGUCCGUGGCUUCAUGAAUCUGGACGUGCCUCCUCCCCAGGGGAUCAGACAGCAGGAGCUGCGCUCGCUGAUAGGUGCAGAGGCUUGGGGGGGGCAGAUCAGACUCGGGUAGGGAGGGGGGUGACAGCCCUUCCCCGCCCCCAAUGUUCACAUCUCAGCCACUUUCCUGCGGGCUCCACAACCUGCCGAGCCUCGGCUGCGCGGGCUGAGCCUCUCUCUGCUCUGCUCCUGGGCUGAAGCGCCGACAGGAGGCAGCGCUCCCGGGAAGGUGGGGCGCUCAGGGAGCGGAGCCCGGCUCCGAGGCGUACCGGACAAAGGAAAGGCGGACCCCCGGCGGGCACCGUUCGCCCCCCGCAGGGGAGAGAUCUCUGCGCUCCCGGACUCCGCUGCUGCCGGCAGCCCUGCGCGGGGCGCCCCAGACAAAGGGCCUGUCUAGCCGGGGAGCUAUCCGCCGGCCCGCCCCCGGGUCUCCGGCCCUCGGCGCGGCAUGUCGGGAGUGCGCAGACACCUCUGGGACGAGUACCAGGCAGUGGGCUCCGCCCGGGGCAGCGCCCGCAGGAAGCGGCAGCGCUUCGUGGACAAGAACGGGCGCUGCAACGUGCAGCACGGGAACCUGGGCGGCGAGAGCAGCCGCUACCUCUCCGACCUCUUCACCACGCUGGUGGACCUCAAGUGGCGCUGGAACCUGCUCAUCUUCCUGCUGACCUACACGGUGGCCUGGCUGGUCAUGGCCUCCAUGUGGUGGGGCAUCGCCUACCUGCGGGGCGACCUGCACCGCGCCCACGACCAGAGCUACCACCCCUGCGUGGCCAACGUGUACAACUUCCCCUCCGCCUUCCUCUUCUUCAUCGAGACCGAGGCCACCAUCGGCUACGGGCACCGCUACAUCACCGAGCGCUGCCCCGAGGGCAUCGUGCUCUUCCUCUUCCAGUCCCUGCUCGGCUCCAUCGUGGACGCCUUCCUCAUCGGCUGCAUGUUCAUCAAGAUGUCCCAGCCCAAGAAGCGAGCGGAGACCCUCAUGUUCAGCCGGGCCGCCGUCAUAUCCCAGCGGGACGGCAGGCUGUGCCUCAUGUUCCGAGUGGGCAACCUGCGCAACAGCCACAUGGUCUCCGCUCAGAUCCGCUGCAAGCUCAUCAAGUCCCGACAGACACCUGAAGGGGAAUUCCUACCAUUAGAUCAAUGUGAGUUGGAUGUUGGAUUUGGAACUGGAGCUGACCAGCUGUUUUUAGUUUCUCCUUUAACCAUCUGUCAUGAAAUCAACCCCAGAAGCCCCUUUUUUUGUCUCUCUCAAAGAUCGCUAAGAAGUGAGCAGUUUGAGAUCGUUGUCAUCCUUGAAGGAAUUGUUGAAACUACUGGAAUGACGUGUCAGGCUAGGACCUCCUACACAGAAGAUGAAGUUCUUUGGGGCCACAGAUUCCUACCAGUAAUGUCCCUAGAGGAUGGCUUUUUUCGGGUGGAUUACUCUCAGUUUCAUGCCACCUUUGAAGUCCCCACACCUCCUUAUAGUGUUAAAGAACAGGAGGAAAGCCUGUCCCUUCCAUCUCCUUUAAAUACUCCUAUCGGUAACAACCGAAACAGAAGGGAACACAUCUGCUCAAUUGACUGUAUUGAUAUUUUAGAAGAGAAAACAAACAAGUUUCCUAGUAAACUUCAAAAAAUUAGCUCCAGAAAGGAGGGUCUUCAGAGAAGAGUCCUGAGAAUGAGUUCCAGCAAUGUAGAGAAAGCUUGCAGUACUGGAGAUCUCUUGAAAAUUCAGCAGAUAAGUUCUGUUACCAGCAAUGAAGAUGUUGAUGAAAGGAUACAACUGAAGGCCUUCAGAAUCAAAUCUGAGUCUUUGACUCAGUCUACUGGAGAUCUUGAGGUACAGAAAAAGCCUCAAGGUAUGCUCACCUUAGGGACAAGACUAGAGGAUAAUUUGCCUGCCAAACUUCGAAAAAUGAAUUCUGAUCGCCUCUCCUAAAUAACAGAUGCAACAGGAGUUGUUGUUGUUAAACUGCAUUUUAGACUUCUGUCUUUCAGGAUUAUUUUGGAAUACUACUGUGAUGAUUUGGUUUUGCCAAGGGAUUCUUCAUAAAUAAAAAUUUUCAAAAUUAA